UCACUGUGCUGUCCCGCACGAUCGGUGGCAGGAGGCUCCCCUGUCAGACUGUGCAGGCGUUCACCAAUGGAGGGAUUUUUCCUGUUCAGCUGGAGCGUGUUUGCCACUUUGGGUCUGUGUUGUUGCAGCUCUUUGAACACCGAUUGCUUCUGUGGCUGCUGAACAAGUUGGCUUCUUUUUCAGAGGCUUUUCUUGCUCUUUUUUUUGGCUCUUCUUUGGCUCUUUUGAGAUUUUGAAGAGGUAUAGUUCAUCUCCUGCUGGGCUGUCAGGUCUGGGAGCCUGCAAUAUUCCACCUUGUUGUCCUCACUGAAAAUACUCUGUAACUCGCUCUGCGAUCUCCUCGUGCCUUUCCUUGGGCAGGGUUGGGACAUAGAUGGUUCUGCGCCAGUUUAGGUUCAAGUCAUCCUCGGUGGUGCUGGCUGGCUGACAGAAGUCUGCAGAGUGGCUUUGCUCCUGUGUCUGCUUUUUGUCAGAGAUGUCCCCAGCGUCAGGUCCUUGGGAUUCACGUACUCGUGAUGGUUAUAAGUGCUGUCCGGGAGGCUGUCACCUCCUUUUCUGCCUUAGACGUUAUUGCAAAAAACAUUUCUCACCUGUUAAUUAAUAUAGUGCCCUCUACUUGGGGCUGUCUUGGAAGAGCGUUUGGGACCUUCAGUUAAUGGGAACCCCUUUUUUUAGUUGCAUAAAGUUUAUAUGAGUAUUUUUUUUUACCUGUGCUCUACACUGAUUCCUAGCUGAUUUCUUCUAGCUGCAGUUCCAGGUAUUAGGAUCAAUUAGCUGUAAGUAUCCUGGAAUCUAGAUGGUCUUUCUGGUAACUAUUUCCUGGUACUCUGAAAGAGAACAGGUGGGCUGCUCUUGCUCUUGGUUAGGCUUGCUCUUUUAGAAGCUGGUAUGUGGGCACUGGAUGAGGUCUUCAACCAUAGACCUUGUUCCCCUCCAUGAGAAGUCGCAGCCUGAGUUUAGUGGCCUUCCGAGCACUGCAUAAGAUGUAUUCACUUGCUACAGUUAAGAAGCUGUCUUGGUAGUGAGAGAAGGUAAUUACAAAUCAUUGCAAUUUGUCUGUUAAAAGUCGUAUCAACUCUCAGAGCAGUGGUGGGCGUCUCUGACAAAUGCCUUACAUUGGAUUGCACAGCCACGUCAACUCAUUGCGUGUCAUAAUUAACUUUGAGUGGAGCUGUCCUUGAACAGAUUGGCCACCUCUUUAUGAGCUAAAGCAGGGUUGUCUGACUGGCCGCAUGUGGCCUGCAAGGGGCUAACAUGCAGCCUGUGGGCUCCCAUGCAGCCACCGCUACUGCCAGUGCUCCUGCUGCUAUGGUGGCCAGGGUCUGUGGGAUCCCCCUUUCUCUUCUGGCUUCUGUUUCCUUUCCUCACUCCUGGGCAUGGGGCAGCACAGGGGGAGGAGGACUGGGGAGGAGUCCGGCAUACACCCAAGGGAGAGGGGAGCCUGGUUGUGUGCACACCCAAGAGAGGAGCUAGGCUAUUUGUGCUGUGCAUGUGGUCAGGAGAGGAGCUUGGCUGUCUGCGUAGUGCAUGCGGUGAUACAUGUGGGGGUUGCUGAAUGCCUUUGUGGUGAGGGGCUCCAGGUGGACCACCCCGACAGUGUGCAGCCCGUCCUGCCUGUGGCCUGGGAGACUGUAGCCCACUGGACCUGUGGCUCCUGCUGCCCAGAAAUGGAAUUGUUUGUUGAAACCAUAGCUAAAGAUGCUUAUGUAUAUGCCCAGCAAGGAAAAAGGAAAACUCUUCAGAGAAAAGACUUGGAUAAUGCCAUUGAAGCCAUUGAUGAGUUUGCUUUUCUGGAAGGCACUUUGGACUGAUCUGACCAGGAAAGGAGUUAUAUGAAGAAAAGGACUGGGAACAGCUGCUGGGAAGACGCAUGGGAUGAGAUUUUCAAAACAGUCAAUGGGAAUGGGACUCAUCUACUUAGUUUAAAUAAUGUUGUCUGUGUUUUACAGACUGCUUUGAGUGUCUCAAUCAUAAUGUUUUGUAUAAAGUUUAAGUUGUUAUAGUUCUUUAUUUUAAAUACAUAUUUUUCAUAAAUACUUUGUAUGUCAGUGUACUGUGUCCUCCAGGUCACAUUUCAGAGCUCAUCUCAAACUUGGUGUAUAACACAGCAAUAGCUCAGUAUAGCAAUGCUGUAUUUGCAUCUAUUCUAAAAUUCUCCAUUGAUAAAAAGCUUUGAGGAUGGAUUGAACCUGCCUCUGAGGUCUGAUUAUAGUUUUUAUUUUUAUGGAAAUGUAUUUCUUUUCUGUAUGUUUGUCUCUUGGCCAAACAGAAUUCAACAUUUCUUGACUAAUAAAUAUGCUGCCCUGAGCCUUUUCUGGGGAGGGCGGCAUGUAUAGUU